CUUCGAUUACGCUAUUCAAAGGGAAGUAAAUAGUAAUGGCAAGCGUCCGUUAUUCAGUACAGUAUAGCGGACGGAUCUUGUACGGGACUUUCGUUGUUUUCUUUGUUUACAAUAUCGUUCUUAACCUUGGGUUUGUGGUAGUCGAGGACGCUAAAGCUGACAUCAUGAUAAAUGGCCUGAAGUACACGGCGAGUUCACUCCCAGGAAAACGCCGGAAAACACAAAGUUCAACUCAAAAUGAUGCAGAAAAAAAGGCAAAACGCCAGAAAUACGAAAAAGAGAUCAGAGAACGAGCAUUCCAGCCUUCCUGGAAGGUAGACAGGGAUUGGCUUCAGUAUGGUGAGGCAUCAAAUAAAAUGAGGUGCCAGACCUGCAUUGAUUUUUAUAACAAUGAUGAACGUAGGAGUAUGGUGAGGCCAGAAAGCAUGAAAUGGCUAGAUGAGUUCAUCUACCAGGCCAAGAAGGCCUACAUUUACCAGACGAAAGGGCAUAAAAUUAGCACAGGCAGAAGGGGGAGACAAGCCAGUAGGUGUUGAAAUUAUUGAUGAGGUUGAGGAAGAAGAGGAGGAAAAAAAGGAGGUGGGGGAAGAAGAGGCGAAACAGACAGAGGGAGAAGACAAGCAGGAAGUGGGAGUUGA